AUGGGUCUCCCGACGCAGUUGGCUCUGCUCCUGUGGAAGAACUUCACUCUCCGAAAGAGACAAAAGGUGCGCUUGGUUGUAGAAAUCUUUUGGCCUCUGUUCCUCUUCUUCAUCCUGGUGGGGGUGCGCUUUACCAACGAACCCAUCUACAAAGGUCAAUGCCACUAUCCCAAUAAAGCCAUGCCGUCGGCCGGGGUCCUGCCUUGGAUUCAAGGUCUGGUGUGCAACGUGGACAAUCCCUGCCUGAGUCAUCCGACACCGGGGGAAACGCCGGGACAAGUGAACAACUUUAACAACUCCAUAAUUUCCAGGGCCCUUACGGAGCUUCAGAGCCUGCUGAUAAACGGAUCCUUCCUCGCCAAAGCCCGACGACUGACUGACGACGCGGCGCAAUGGACCUCGCUCCUGUCGGGAGCCGACGGUAGGAGCCGACAACCGCUUCGACUGAGGACGAUUCUGAGAGACAACGAAACAUUCUCUGCACACUUGAGAGAAAAUUUGAUGGUGCCACCUCCGGUGGUCGAGAGCCUCAUGGCCGCCAAAGUUUCGCGAAACCUGGUGAAGUUCCCGGCAAACCGUGGUUUGGAGAGCGUUUUGUGCCAGGGCGAAGACCUGGACCGGUACAUCCGGUUCAACAGCCCGUCGGACAGGGAGGCCUUCCAAAACGCUAGCUGCUCACUGGACCCUCAGCAGAUCAGCGACGGACAACGAGUGCUCCUGCAAAACCUGGACCUAAACAAAAUCUUGGCUCAGCUGCCUUCAGCUUUGGAUUUGGAUGCCGUCGACGAAACGCUGCUGGAAAGAAGCGCGUCGGACGCUGUCAACCUUCUCCAAGAUGUGAGGCGUUUGCAGAAUUCCGUGAUGCUCGCAGGGCCGCUGGAUUUCCAGAGGGACAUGAUUGGCAGCGUCAAUAUGCUUCUGUGCGGAAAGCAGCUUGACUCCAAUUCCACCGACGUGACCCUCAGCCUCAGACAAGUGGUUAGCAACCAGUCAAUCUCCAGCAACACCUCCGGUUCUUUUUGUCAAAAUUUGAUCGAUACUUUGGAGGGAACCCCUGGUUUCCGAUACCUCUGGAACACCUUCAAGCUGUUUUUCCGUGGAAAAGUUCUCUUCACGCCCGAUACUCCGGCGACACGUCUCAUUGUGAAAGAGGCUAACAGCACCUUCGGCGCCUUGGCGGCGUUGAAAGAACUGGCCGACGCGUGGGACCAACUGGGUCCGCGUGUUUGGGAUUUCUUUCAAAACAGUCAGCAAGUCGACGCAAUUCGGACUUUGCUAGCCAACCCAGUGUUUGCCGCCGCCCUGGACCGGCGUCUCAACGGCACCGGCUGGAGCGCCGCCCUUAUCGCCAACCUCCUCUACAACGGCCCCCCGGAGGAGCGACCCGCCGGGAUGCCGCCCUACGACUGGCGUGACCUUUACAACGCUACCACGCAGGUCCUGCGACUCCUCUCCGACUUCCUUGGCUGUUUGGACCUGAACAAGUUUGAAGCCGUCCCCAGUGAAAAUCAGCUGGUGAGCAAAUCGUUAGAGCUCCUGAAGAACGAGAGUUUCUGGGCCGGCUUGGUGUUUGCGGACCUCCCGCCCGACGCUGGCCGAGCUCCCGCCUACGUUCGAUACAAGAUCCGCAUGGACAUCGAAGAGGUGGAGCGCACCGACAAAAAGAAGGAGCGGUCGUGGUCUCCGGGGGCCCGAGACAACCCUUUUAACGAUCUGCGCUAUAUACGAGGAGGCUUCGCCUACCUGCAGGACAUGAUCGACCACGGCAUCGUGCGAACGCAAAGUUCCGGGACCCCGCCCUUCGGGGUUUACGCUCAGCAAAUGCCGUAUCCUUGCUAUGUGGAUGACAGCUUUGUCCGAGCCAUCGGAGGAAUCCUCCCCAUGUUCCUGGUCCUGGCCUUCAUGUACACCACGUGCAUGACCAUCAAAGGUCUGGUUCUGGAGAAAGAACUGCGGCUAAAGGAGGUUCUGCGCACGCUGGGCGUACGCGACAGCGCCCUCUGGCUGGCCAGGUUCGCCGAGAACACGGUCCUGCUCGCCGUUCCGUGCGCUCUACUUAGCGUCAUGGUCAAGUACGGCAAAGUCCUACAGUACAGCGACCCCUCGCUCAUCUUUGUCUUCCUGCUGGUCUUCUGCCUGGCCACCGUCACCCAGUGCUUCUUCAUCAGCGUCUUCUUCUCCAAGGCCAACUUGGCGGCGGCGUGCGGCGGCCUCAUCUACUUUGUCCUCUACCUUCCGCACCUCCUCUGCUACGCCUGGAGGGACGUCCUAGGUUUCGGGACCAAGGUCGCCGUGAGUUUAUUGUCCUGCGUGGCGUUCGGCUUCGGCUGCGAAAGCUUCUCCAAGUACGAGGAGCAAGGCGUCGGCAUCCAGUGGUCCAACAUGGGCCUGAGUCCCGAGGAGGGGGAGCGCUACACCUUUGUCGUAUCCGUCGCCAUGAUGCUCUUCGACGCCGCCCUCUACUGGACGCUCACUUGGUACAUCGAAAACGUCUUCCCAGGUCAGUACGGGAUCCCAAGGCCGUGGUAUUUUCCUUUCACGGCGUCAUACUGGUGCGGGAGCGCGUCCAAAGCUGACACACCUUUGCAGAAUGAUGUCGCCACCUUGCACGACGAAUACCUGGAGAAAACGGACCCCGGUCUGAAAGCCGGGGUGUCGGUACGUAACCUGGUAAAAAUCUACAAAACGGGAAAGAAGCUGGCUGUGGACGGGCUGAGCGUGGACUUCUACGAGAACCACAUCACUUCCUUCUUGGGCCACAACGGAGCCGGAAAAACCACCACCAUGUCCAUUUUGACGGGCCUAUUCCCGCCCACAUCGGGCACCGCCUUCAUCAACGGCUACGACAUCCGGACGGACGUGGACGCCGCCCGGAGACAUCUGGGCAUGUGCCCCCAGCAUAAUGUCCUUUUCAACGAGCUGACGGUGGAGGAGCACAUCUACUUUUACGGCCGUCUGAAGGGUCGCAGCGGCGCCGAAGCGGACGCCGAGAUGGAGCGGAUGAUCCGGGACGUCGGCCUGCCGCACAAGCGACGCGACCUAGCCAAGAACUUGUCAGGCGGAAUGCAAAGGAAGCUGUCGGUGGCCAUCGCCUUUGUCGGCGGAUCAAAAGUCGUCGUCUUAGACGAGCCCACGGCGGGGGUGGACCCCUACGCUCGCAGAGGGAUCUGGGAGCUGCUCCUCAAGUACAAACAAGGCCGCACCAUCAUCCUGUCCACGCAUCACAUGGACGAGGCGGACAUCUUGGGAGACCGGAUCGCCAUCAUCGCCCACGGCAGGAUGCGAUGCUGCGGCUCCUCGCUCUUUCUCAAGAAGCGCUUCGGUAGAGGCUACUACCUCACACUGGUCAAGGAGCAAGAACGUCCUUCAAAAAGAAACGACGGCUAUGAGCACACCGCCAUCGGGAGUCAAACCUGCAACGGGGUGCAUCCUUCAGCACUGAGUGAGUUGGUGCAUCGCCACGUUCCUCAGGCGCAAUUCUUGGAGCGCGUCGGCCAAGAGUUGACUUGCGUCCUGCCCUACGAGGGCGCCCUCGACGGAUCGUUUGCGCGUCUCUUCGGCGAGCUGGACCCGGCACUGUCCGCCCUAGGCUUGAGCAGCUACGGCAUUUCUGACACCACACUGGAAGAGAUUUUUUUGAAAGUAGCCGAAGACACUGGAGUGGAUGCAGCAGACGUUUUAACGGCAGAGCGGAAGAGCUUCUCGGCCGCCGCGGCCGUCCAUCCCGAAACGGAACGGGAGGCGAGCGGUGACGUAGAGAUGUUUGCCACUCAAUUGGAAGGUUUCCAGAAGGACGGCAGAGGUGGCGGAAGCAGCUCCGUGCUCAUCGGCGGCUGUCGACUGAUCAGGAGGCAGUUCCUGGCUCUCCUCAUCAAGCGCUUCCACCACGCCCGCCGGAGCCGCAAGGGAAUCAUCGCCCAGGUGGUGUUGCCCGCUGUUUUUGUGUGCCUCUCCCUGAUCUUCUCGCUCAUCGUUCCGCCGUUCUCCGAAUAUCCCAGUCUGGAAUUACAACCGUGGAUGUACGGCUUGCCUCAGACCACCUUCUUCAGUAACGACGCAUUGGGAAACGCAAAUGUCUCUGAGGUGGCUGAAUCCCUGGUGAACAGUCCUGGCUUCGGAACACGCUGCAUGGACGGCGACCCCAUCCCGGGGUUACCUUGCGUUUCCAGCCUCUCCAAUUGGUUCACGCCAUCUGUGGACCAGUCCGUGGCCGAUAUCUUCACAGAGGGCAACUGGAGCAUGUCCAACCCGUCCCCUUCCUGCCAGUGCAGCACUCCUCAACGCCAGAUCAUGCUGCCCGACUGUCCGCCAGCCGCGGGGGGGCUCCCGCCUCCGCAGAGGAUCCAGAACACAACAGACACGCUCCUGGAUUUAAGCGGACGUAAUAUGACCGACUUCCUGGUGAAGACUUUUGAGAAGUCCGGCAAAACCAGGUACGGCGGGAUUUCGGUGGGAGCUGUUAACUCUCAAGUCCUACUGAGCGAGGAAGCCAUCGAAGCCACGUUUCGGGAUUUGAAAGAUGUCUUCAAUGACACUGUGGACAACGUGACGGAUAAGCUGCUCCGCGCGGCCGAGACGUUGCUCAAGAAGCUGGGAACCAAACACAAUCUCAAGGUGUGGUUCUAUAACCAGGCCUGGCACGGUUUGGUGUCCUUCCUCAACGUAGCCAACAACGCAAUCCUGAGGGCCGGCCUGCCUGCGGGGGAGGACCCCCGACGCUACGGCAUCUCCGUGUCCAGCCACCCGCUAAACCUGACCAAAACACAGCUCUCGCUCGCGGCCCUGGCGGCGAGCUCCACUGACGUGGUGGUGUCCAUCUGCGUCAUCUUCGCCAUGUCCUUCAUCCCCGCCAGCUUCGUCCUCUUCCUCAUCGAGGAGCGGGUGAGCAAGGCCAAGCACUUGCAGUUCGUCAGCGGCGUCAACCCGGCCGUCUACUGGUUGGCUAAUUUCGCCUGGGACAUGUGCAACUACGCCGUCCCGUGUGUCAUCGUGGUGGUCAUCUUCCUCUGCUUCCAACAAGAAGCCUACGUCUCUGCGGCCAACCUGCCCGCGCUGGUGUUGCUGCUGCUUUUCUACGGGUGGUCUAUCACACCCAUGAUGUACCCGGCGUCGUUCGUGUUCAGCGUGCCUAGCACCGCCUACGUGGUGCUCACCUGCGUCAACCUCUUCAUCGGCAUCAACGGCAGCGUGGCCACCUUCGUCAUGGAGCUUUUUAAUGACGACAGCGUGUCGUACAUCAACGACAUUGUGAAACAAGUGCUGCUCGUGUUCCCUCACUUCUGUCUGGGUCGAGGACUCAUAGACAUGGCUAAAAACCAGGCCACGGCCAACCUCUUCAGCAACUUUGGCGAGGAUCGGUUCAAGGAACCGCUGGGUUGGGAGAUGGUGGGCAAGAACCUGUGCGCCAUGUCCAUUCAAGGAGCUUUCAUGUUUGCCGUCACCCUUCUCAUUCAGUACAAAUUCGUCUGUAAACCCAGGUUUGUUUCAGAUGAGUCAUCAUCUGCGGAGGAAGAGGACGUUGACGUGGCUCACGAACGGGAGCGGGUGUACGCGGGGAAGGCCCAGGACGACCUUUUGAGAAUCCGCGAUCUGACUAAGGUGUAUCCGGGGAAGCGCACCCCCGCCGUGGACCAACUUUGCGUGGGCAUACCUGCGGGAGAGUGCUUUGGCUUGCUGGGAAUCAACGGCGCUGGGAAGACAACCACGUUCAAAAUGCUGACCGGUGACAUCACGCUUUCUGCCGGCGAGGCCUUUCUCGACGGAUACAGCAUCAGAACAGAAAUGAGGGAGGCGCAGCAGAGGAUGGGCUACUGCCCCCAGUUCGAUGCCAUCAACGAGCUGCUGACCGGCCAAGAGCAUCUGGAGUUCUAUGCCAGGCUCCGAGGGGUUCCCGAAAAGGAGGUCGCCAUGGUAGCCAAGUGGGGCAUCCAAAAACUGGGUCUGGUCAAGUACGCCACCAAGCCGGCGGGCACCUACAGUGGCGGCAACAAGCGCAAACUUUCCACCGCCAUCGCCUUGAUCGGCUGUCCUCCCGUUGUCUUCCUGGACGAGCCGACUACUGGGAUGGACCCGAAGGCUCGCCGUUUCCUGUGGGACUGUGUCCUGAGCGUCGUCAAAGAGGGACGCUCGGUUGUUCUCACCUCGCACAGUAUGGAGGAGUGUGAAGCGCUGUGCACACGUAUGGCCAUCAUGGUCAACGGACGCUUCAAAUGCCUGGGCACUAUCCAGCAUCUGAAGAGCAGGUUUGGCGACGGCUACACGGUGAUGGUACGCGUGGGCGGCCACCCGCCUCUCCUGAAGCCGGUGGAGGACUUUAUGGAGCGGACUUUCCCGGGAAGCGUACUGAAGGAGAAGCAUCACAACACGCUGCGGUACCAACUGCCGGCCCGCAAGGGGGCGCUGGCGCACAUUUUCCGACACUUCACCGAGCACCGGCGCGAGCUCGCCGUGGACGAUUACUCGGUGGCCCAGACCACUCUGGACCAGGUCUUUGUGAAUUUUGCGAGCAGCCAGCACGGAGAGGACGACUCGCAAAGCUAUGACAACCAGGUGGACACUUUUGAUGAGCUGACUUCCCCAGGGUCCUGCAAGGCCUAG